ACAAUAACCAACGCAAAACAAUGUACCUCAUAGUAUACAAAGAUAUGACUAAAAACCGACAAUAAACAGUGCACCAUAUUACAUGUACCUAUACAUGUAUUAACAAGAUUGGUAUUUUACACAAAAAACGAAUUAAAACGGACUUAAUGAAAUUAAGUCUAAGUACAUACUAAGUCAUGCAUUCACCUGACAUCCAAUGUCAUAUAAUACAUUUAUUACAACAACACAUUUUAUAUAUAACUCCAAAGAAUCUGACAGGAAGUAAAAAUAAGGUAUGAAAUGUAUUUUUGUAGCCAAAGAUGAGUUAUUCAAUGGAAUAGUUAAAGAAAUGAUAGAAUGUGGAGACAAAUUUCCUGGAAGCAUGUCCCAACAGAGUAUCUCGGAACAAGUUAUGAUGCUAGUUAAUGCUUUGUGGUACAUAAGCGGGAAUAUGUCUACAAUAGAAGAGAGAGCAGCCCACCUGACAAGUAUAAAGCAUAUCCCUGAAAGGUUUUUAUCUUUUAUAAUAUAGCCAUAUCAAAUUAAUUUGUAGUUCCUCAUCCACACCGAACCGCCUGUCAAAAUCUGCUGCCUGGAUAUUUUUUAUUUUUCAAAAACUACUUCAAUAUUGCCCUGUUUAGUUACAUUUUCUUUACGGAGAUUGUCAUGUUCAAAAUUGGAAACGGUAUUUUUACAAGAUUGUUUCAGGUUGAUAUACAAUCUGUCUUUGAUUUUUGUCAGAAUAUUGUUUAUAGAUUUGAAAUUGGGAAAGAAUAAAAAAAUAUUACAUAAAAAGUCUUCCACCCGCCCCAUAUUUUUAUGUCAAGUUGGAUGAGAAUCUACACAAUAACAACUUGACAAAAAAAACACGUUUUUGUUGCAUAUUGAUUAUACCCACAUCACAAACACAGUUUAGGGGUAUAUAACAAUUACUAUGUCUGUCUGUCCGUCCCCCUGUCCAUGUUUCUUGUAAGCCAAACUCCUACUAAACUGCUACACUGAUUUUGAUGAAACUUUAUAUAUGGAGAUGUGCAUCAGCAUGACAAAGUAAAAUCUUUGCAAUUUUUCUGAUAGCAUUCAAGGGAAAUAAUUGGAGUUGAAUUUGCUUAAUAUACAAUUUCUCUUAUAUAGCUGAACAUUUUUUUUUUUUUGAAAACAGCGCAGGCAGGUCCAGAGGUUCAAAAUGUUUUAUCUUGAAUAUGAAACAAAUGUAACCAAGUUUCAAAAAAGAUGUCUGUCGCCUAACACGCGAAUUGUUGAAAAUGGCCUAAAAUUUAAAUUGAAGUAAUUUGAUCAUUUGAACAAAAUUAAAAAAAAAUAUGCACACUGUCAGAAAUAGUAUUCUACAUGGCAUUGCAUAUUUAAUUCUUUUAUUCAGGUUUUUGAAGUUUGAUGGAGCUAACGACUAUAAAAGAAAGAAGCAAAAACGACCACAGCUUACUGCAAAAGAUUUGAAAUUACAAAGUCGGUGUUUGUUCAGGUUAAUCUCUAGACCUUUUACACAGGAAUGGGUCAUGAGAGGGGACAUUGAAACCUUAACUUUCAGUUUACAGUCUUAUGUAGAGUAUUUGGAACAAGCAAAUGAAAAACAAAUUUCACGCCAACUUCAAAUGAACCCAGUACGACAGAUUGAUUCGAGUCUCUCCAUUGCACAUCGUCCUGGACAAGAUAACUUCCUACCAUGUUAUAGUCGAUUAGAUGGUUGUGUAACUCAGAUGGCAAUGUUUCAACCUCUCUUCUUUGAUGAGGAUUUGCAUUUGACAGAGAAAUUUAAAGGGCCAGAGCAGAGAUUUAGAUUUUUUGAGAAGCUAGCAUUAUCAGUACCAGUACACAUGCUGAGAUAUGAUCCUGGUGGAGGUAAUGGAGCUAUAUCAUUUCUUUGGAGAGUGCCUCAAGAUGGGAUGUCCUCAGAAGAGAAGUUUCUUAGAGACAAUAAAGUGUUACAUGAUGUACGCCCCAAGUUACCCGAGUACCGCACGAGACAAAUGAGGCAGGAGUUUUUCAGAGCAUAUGGAAACAUUGCUGGAACCAUUAUACCUCCACAUAUUUUGAGAUCUAUUUACACAACCUUAACAAAUGAUGCUUCAUCAGAUCAAAACAAAGAAAUUGACAAUCGUGUACGGCUUUCUGUGUUGGGGAUAGACCCAGAUCUUGUUGUGGAUUUACGUCAUUUAAACAAAGGUCGGCAAAAUGAUACAUUUGAUGUAUUUUUUCAGACUCUAGAAAAAGAGAUUGAAGACAUGGUGGCAGCGGAUGAGAGGAGACAUAAUACAGAGCAUAUUUCUCGUUUUUUGUCUGUAAGAGACAUGAUAGACCAGGUGAAAAAGAAAAUACCAGAGGGGACCACGAUUCCAAGCGAGUCCACCGUUCUUUUAGCCUUUGUUCCAAAAAACGCACAUCAAACUGUAGCCAAGUUAUACAAAGGUAGAAUGCCUAUUAGAUUAAAAGUGCAAACAAGGCAGUUGCGUGCCCAGCACCAAGAUGACCAUUAUUGUUCCGUUCUUUUUAAGUAUUGUAGAGCAUAUGCAACACAAUUUAGAGACAUUUGUAACUUUGUAUGUAUGGACGACAAGUCUAAACUGGAUUUUGGAGAGCCUGGUCUGUACACGUCUACUGGCGUCAGAGGAAAGAAAUCAAUCGUUCCAAUGAAUUCUGUUCUUUCCUGUCUGGAUCAUGAUGUGCAGAGUAAGGGCUCACUUACUCCUUUCGUUGUUCUUGACGUAGAAAUUCCAGGUGACGUUUCAGAAACAUUCUACAGGGGACAAGUCUCAGUUACAUUCAAAGAUAGUAUUUUCCAGGCAAGCACCCCAUUUCGUCACAUCGUAGAACUUGAAGCUAUUCUGAAAGCCAAACCUGAGAACAUGAAACCAGCUCUAUUUAUGUACACAGACGGUGGACCAGACCAUAGGGUCACAUAUGGAGCAGUAAAAUUGUCACUGAUUGUUUUGUUCAGAAGGCUCCAUUUAGAAUUCUUAGUUGCAUGUAGAACCGCACCAGGCCAUUCAUGGAUCAACCCCGCCGAGCGAAUGUCUCCUCUCAACAUUGCAUACCAAAAUGCCGCCCUUGCACGAGAGCUUGCCUCCUUUGAUGUAGAAACAAUUCUUAAAACAUGUGGAAGUAUGAAUGAGAUCAGAACCAAAGCUGGGAAAAACGAUCAAAUUAAGACCGAAUGGCUACAGUCAGUUCAGUCGAUGAUUGAAACUUUGUCCUCAAGAACAGAAAGAGUCCAACUUAAGGGAAAGACUUUCCAAGUAUUCAAAGCCGCAGAUGAUGCCGAUGUUGAAAUGGUGGAAGCUGAAGUGAAGCUUAUAGAUCCUGCAAUCCAAGUUGGGAAGUAUCAGCAGCAGCAGCUUAAACAUGCAACACAGCUUAAAAAAUUCAUUGCUGAUCAUUGUGUUGAGCGCCACUACUCUUUCCAAAUAAGAAGAUGUCAUGAUGAAGAGUGCUGUCCAACGCCAGGGAGGGAAUGGGAUUGGGUGCCAGACCCUAUCCUAGAUGUGACCGGACAGCAUUAUAAGCCAUUUGAGGAACUACUUGGCAAAGAAACUACAGAGAAGGACAUGCCAUCUGGUUCCAAGCAGACUGUAGCUGCAGUGGCACAGGAACAGCAAGGUUGUAAAAACAGUAUCCUUGUUGGACAGAAUGUUAGAAAAGUGGUCAACUGUUGUGAGUGUCAGAAGCCAAGGUGUAUAUAUGCAAAGACGAAGCUAACAGGGAGAGACCAGAGAGCCUUGACUCAUACUUUAGAAAAAUAUGAUUACACUUGUGGUUCUGUUAUUACACCUGAUGGUAAGUUUUAAUGAUUAUUUCAUAUUGAUCUUCCAAUACCCUUAGAACAUUUGAUAUAAUUUAAAAAAAUAUCUGUUUUAAUAUUACUGGUGAGUCUGCAUGAAGAUCAACUCUUGCUUUGAUUUAGAAACUUAGUCCGGGAAUU